AUGUUUGUGGACACUCAUGCAAGCCUAAAGAUCGAGGUUUGGGAUAAAGAUGUGACCUGGGACGACCUCCUGGGCUCCUACAGCAGGACCCUCUCCACCGGCAUGCACACCUUCACCUGCUACGCCAAGAACGGAGGAGUGGAGAUCCGCUACACACUGAGCUGCGACCAGCAUCUUACCGGCUCUCGAUGCCACCAGUACAAGCCCGUUCCCUGA